AGGCGGAAAAAGCUUAAGAAAAAGCAAAGCCCCAUAAAUCAAAGCGAGCAGCCACAUUAUAAGUCAUUUCUCUACUCACCCACAAAGCACAGCAGCAUUAUUAAGAGCUUGGCCAAAAUAAUUAGUAGUAGCAGACGAGGAGAUUGGAUCCGGUGAAAUGGAGGAGAGCAUAUUGCAAUUGGGUAAGAGCUCGAAUGAACAGCUUGCUCUUCCUCUUCCUCUUGACGAUUUUGAUGCCGCCCAGAUUUUGAUGACGCUUGCCACUGCAACUACAUCUGCAAUUUCAUCCCUUUUCCACAUUCCCAACAAGCCCACUAAGCGGAAACGGAAGCGGAAUGCAAAAUUCCAUGAAUCCUCUGAUUCUGAUCAAUCUGAGGUUGAGAGGUCAUAUUCAUGUAGAAAAUGCAGCAGGAAAUUCUCUUCAUUUCAAGCUCUGGGUGGUCACAGAGCAAGCUGUUCCAAGUCCUGCAAUGGCGGACAGGACAUGCAGGAGGCAGAGGAGCAUACUCCACCUAAUUUCCAGUCUUUUCAUGGCUUCAAGGGUAUUUGUCCCAAUCAGGAAUCCAUUAAGAAAGCUAAAGUCCACAAAUGCCCUGUUUGCUAUAAAGUAUUUUCAUGUGGCCAAGCCUUGGGGGGUCACAAAAGGUGCCAUAAGACUUCAAUUUCUUCAGUGGAAGCUACUUGUUCCAGUCUUUCUUCAAUUGAGCACCAGCACAUUCCCCCUGUUAAAUCUGUCUGCCUUCUGGAUUUGAACAUGCUCGCUCCCCUUGAUUCUGAAGAUGAACAAGAGGAUUCAAAUGGCUCUUGCUCUCAGAUUGUUAAUUAUUCUUUGCCUCACCAUUAUUAUCAGAAAUUUGGAAUGGGCCCUUUUCACAGCAGGCCUGAGUGAGGAUCAAUGGAGAUCAACAGGUUGAUGUUUGACCCAGAUGAUGAAGCUCGUUGCAAAUUUAGAUUUACUCCGUUACAGGAGAGGAUGCUUUAAUUAAUGUUGCAAAAGUAGAUUAGAGUUACUACCUUGAGAUUUGAUUCAGAGAUAUUUAAAAUAAAUAAAUUAUGCUCUCCUAAGAGUCAAUUCAUAUUAUUUUAGUGUAGAUUCAGGUUCUGGAUCAGUUAAAUCUGAUUUGGUCCGUUCCAAAUUUCCAAUGGUGACACUGAGGGGUCUCUGACCAAAUCAAAUUACUGUUGAACAAUUCUUUAAUUUCAGAUAUUUCCUGUUCAAA